ACAUAGGUAAAGUGAAUAAAAAUAAAACCAUGGAAAGGAGAGAAAAUGGAUUUAUUUUAGAACAAGGGAAGAAGAAUGGAUGAGAAAAAUGAACCCCUACCCGCAAAAGAAAAAAAGAGCCCCACGCACACAGAGAAAAAGAAGCUGGGCCCAUUCUGACUUAACCACGACCACGACACGCAGAGGCAGAGCUGCCAUUGCAAUCCAUCGGAGAUAUCUCCGCCGCCGCCGUCCCCACCGCCGCUUCUGCGCCAUGCUCCGGCUCCAAGGCUGCGUCGUUUCCCGUCUCCUCUCUUCUCCAUCCACCUCUGCAAUCUUCCCACUCCGCCGUCUCCUCUCCGCCACCGCGUCGGCCCCCAUUCCCCCAAAUCCCAGUGGCUUCGCCGUCGAGGAGUACCUCGUCGCCACCUGCGGCCUCACCCAGGCCCAAGCCAUCAAGGCCUCCCCGAAGCUCGCGCACCUCAAGUCGCCCGCCAACCCCGACGCCGUGCUCGCCUUCCUCUCCGGCCUCGGCCUCUCCGGCGCCGACGCCGCCGCCGCCGUCGCCAAAGACCCGCGGCUACUCUGCGCCAAAGUGGACCGAACACUGGCCCCUAAGGCCGUCGGGCUCGCCGGCAUAGGCCUCUCGCGUCCUGAGAUCGCCCGCCUCGUCUCCCUCGGCCCCGAGUGCUUCCGCUCCAGACACAUCGUCUCCAAGCUGCAGUACUACCAUCCCCUCUUCGGCUCCUUCCACAACUUCCUCCGGGCGUACGAGCGCUCCUCCUAUCUUCUCUCGCGGGACCUCGAUAAGAUGAUCAAGCCCAAUGUCGCGUUCCUGCACGAGUGCGGGCUAGCUGCUUGUGAUAUUGUCGAGCUGGUCAUGUACAGGCGGGGGAUCCUGACCACCAACCCGGGGCGCCUCCGGGCGAUGGUGGCAUGCGCCGAAGGUAUAGGCGUUCCCCGUGGCUCUGGGAUGUUCAGACAAGCGCUGUAUGCUGUCGCAUUCCAAAGCGAGGAGAAGAUUGCCGCCAAAGUGGACUACUUGAAGACCACGCUCAGGUGGUCUGCUGCUGAGGUGGGCAUUGCUGUGUCUAAGGCUCCGAUGCUGCUGAGGAGGUCAAAGGACACGCUGCGGAGCAAGUCCGAGUUCCUGGUGUCUGAGGUGGGGUUGGAACCAACGCUCAUUGCUCAUCGCCCGAUAGUGCUCACUUACAGCCUGGAGGGCCGGCUCAGGCCCCGGCACUACCUUCUAAAGUUUGUCAAGGCAAAUGGGUUGCUAGAUCGUGAUCACAGCUACAUCUGCGCGGUCGGUUUGACGGAGAAUGUUUUCGUGAAGAAGUUUGUGCGCCCUCACAUUGAAGCUGCGCCGCACCUUGCUGAAGACUAUGCGGCUGCUUGCCGAGGAGAAGUACCCACUAGGUUCAUGUUUGAUUGAACCAGGAUCCUGCUGUUAAAAUGUGUAACUGUGUAUGGCACAGCAAAGUUUACAUUCUAUGCUGUAAACUGGUUAGUCCCCUUACCUAAUUGUUCGAUAUCAUGAAAUAAGCAACAUGCUUUUUGUCAAACCAUAUUCUAAAUUUGCAAUUUGCAAACUGGAUUUUUGUUUCUCAUGCUCCGUCUUUUCAAUUUUCAUCAGGACUUAGGGCCAUAAAUAGUACAAGGUGCAAUCUCUAUUUUAUCAAUAAUUUCCUUUACCACACCCGCGUCCGUAUGGCAUGAGUUCUUAUGGUUUCAGAACACUCUGUCUGGGCUUAACUAAUUCUGUUGAAAAAUCACUUCCUUAUUAUCCUAAAAUACAUUGGUGAUUACUGAAGUUCCAGAGAAACAUUCCUUUUAUUGUUUCCGGAUGAUGUGGCAAAGCCGUUCAUGGGGUUCAAGGCAAACAUGGAACAUAUGUGGUGCCUUAUGUAAGCUAAGCUGGGCGUAAUUAUUCUCUAGGUAUUCCAUUACACUUUCUUAAUAUGAUAUUGAUACAGCCAUGAUGACUCCUCUGUUCCCUUUGUCGGUUUCGCAUACAUUAGUUGCCCACUAGCUUCUUAGCAGCAGUUUAGCUUUGUUUGCAGUUAUAUAUGCCUGUGAGCUGCAGCAACCGUCGUGUCCCACAAAUUGUUUCUAUGCAAUGCUAAUUCCUUUAUCGCUCAAUAUUUGGGGUACUCAACUUUUUAUUUCAGACCUACAUUCAGUCAGUCAUCCAUUAGCAGUUUAGUACUGUGAAGCACCUAGAUUGUUUGUCGACAUCUCAUUUACUUACAGAAGAUGGAAACUAUCCAUGUGCCUCCACAUACUUUGUCUUGCAUAAUCUUGUUGGCUUCUAUAAAUGGUUUCUUGAAUGAAACACUGGCGCACCAAUGCCUGACUAAUUGUAUUGGUUUCUGCUCAAGUGCCAUAAUGCAAUCUUCUGUCUUUGAUUGUAAACUCCGGUUUGGUGUUUUUAGUUGCAUGGUUCAGUGAAACAGGGUUAGGUUUGCCCCUACAAAAAAAAGGAAAAAUCAGUGGAAAAGUAGAAUGCACAUCGCAGUAGGAAGCCUGCCGCUGAAGAAUAUUGCACUUCAUAUAUCUAUAUAGGCGAGGAUAUGAAUAAUCAGCCUUCUCUUUGAAUUUGUGGCAGCCAGAUACUAUCCAGGGACAUCUGUAUCUGCUGCAGAGUCAUGUUCAGGGUUCUGUUGCAAACAUUCAUAUAUGGAUGGAUAUGAGAAGCUGACUAUAUUCUGUUUGGUGUCCCUAUUCUUUAGUGGCAUAGCUUAAAAGUUAUCUGCCUUAACUCAAGAGAAAGUUGUUCGAUAUCAUG